GAUAGAUCCCCCGUUGUCUACUAGCUGCCAUUGUCAUCCACGUGCUUUUCAUGGCCGACGUCUUUCGGAGGUUGCCGCUGCUGCUGCUGGUCGUCCUAUUGCUCCUCCUCCUGGUUGUCUUCCACGUGUGCAUCCUCGGCGGCCUUCCGCGACGUGGUCGCAGAAGGAGGUGUGUGAAGAACAACGACAGAAUGGAGGGCCGAAAGGCGAUCAGCGGGUCCGCAGGGGAGCGCGGUGGGCGGUGGUCCGGGCACAGCCCGUCGAAUAGUCCAAGGCCGUCGGAGCGGUCCGGGCACGCGCACCUGCCACCGCACUUGCAACCUCUGCCUGACACGGACGACAAGGAAGGGGACGAUAGACGGUCACGGACCGUGCCGCUGGGAAGCGGAUCCACCCAGGAGUGGGCGGCUACAGAGCUGUUKGGAAGCCGCGACGGCGGUAAAGGGCAGUCGUACACCGAACUCCUCCAGCAGGGGCUCAGCGACACCGAUGGCGAUGGCGGCGUGAAUCUGUCGUUUGGACUCGGCAGCGGGAGGUCGGCAGUCGUCUCUCGAACGGUCGUCGUGAACCCCCAUCCCGACGACGAUGGCGGCGAUGUGACGGCUGUUCAGCGAUCACCCAGGUCUCCAGCGCCGCUGCGGGAGGCUUCGGGGAACAACAACGAUCCUCCUAGGCAGCAAUUUCGGUCGCCGUCUGUGUGUAGGGGUGCCUCCGCUCGCCCCCAGUGGAUGCAGUCUCCGUCUCCCCUGUCCGCCGGUUCGAGUGCAGGUCGUCGUGUUGGCGAGUGUAGGGAGACGACGCCUGCCGUUGCUGAUGUUGGUGAUGCACGUGACGGAAGGGAGGGGAUGGGCCACGCGUACGCUCGGAUGAAGCCGCGAGAAUGGAAGUGUCUGGAUGUGGUGACGAGGUUGAAGAAGGUGGGCGUCGACAGAGAGGCCGAUCGGUGCGGGAAGAAGUGGGACAAUCUGAUGCAGCAGUUCAAGAAGGUUCAUCAUUUCCAAGGACUGUCCAGGAAACAGGACUUCUUCCAAUUGUCUGGGAAGGACAGGAUGUCGAAGGGCUUCAGUUUCAAUAUGGAUCGUGCGGUUUACGACGAGAUACUGGGGUCGACCGCCAAGAACCACACCAUAAACCCGAAGAACGUCGCGGACAUUGGCGCUCAGGGUGGUGUGCGUCUGUCGUCCGGCUUCUCUGCGGAUCCUGAAUCUGUGGACGACGGGGACGGUGGUGCAGAGCACGACGACGACGACGACGGGUCCACCAAAGGUUCUUCGCAGAUGACGGGUGGCGCAGGCGGUUUCAGCAAGAGGAAGAGCACAAGGCAGCAAACAUUUGAGGCAAUGACGGAUUGCAUGGAGAAGCACGGGGCGUUAAUGGCGUCAACGAUGGAGAGCAACAACAAACAUCAUUGCUCCAUCGCCAUACGUCAGUGCGAGGCGUUGGAAGUGGAGAUCGAAGUGCAGAAAAAACACUACGCAGCGUCAGACGAAGUCAGCAAGCUUAUGUGUCACGCCUUGCUGGAGAUAGUGAAGGCCAUAAGCAAACGUUAGACGUAGUGUCGCCUCUGUUGUGCUCUCUGUUCGCUUGAAUGAAAUUGGACGGAGCGA